AGAAUCUGAAUAAUCGGAAAAAUCAAGGUUUCAGCCGAGAAGAAAAUGGGGAAGAACGAGAAAACAUCUCUAGGUCGAGCUUUAGUGAAGCACCAUAACCAUAUGAUCCAAGAAACCAAGGAAAAAGGCAAAUCCUACAAAGAUCAACACAAGAAGGUUCUCGAAUCUGUAACCGAAGUCAGCGACAUCGAUGCCAUCAUCGAACAAGCCGAGGAAGCUGAACGGCUUUUCGCGAUUCAUCACGAUUCCGCAACGCCUGUUCCUAUCAAUAUGGACACAGGUUCGAGUUCAAGUGGUAUAACAGCUAAAGAAUGGAAAGAGCAAAGGAUGAGAGAAGAGGCUUUACAUGCUAGUAGUCUUCAAGUUCCUCGAAGACCUCAUUGGACACCUAAAAUGAAUGUGGAACAACUUGAUGCUAAUGAAAGACAAGCUUUUCUUACUUGGCGACGGAAACUUGCGAGCCUCGAGGAAAAUGAAAAGCUUGUGUUGACACCAUUCGAGAAGAACCUUGACAUCUGGAGACAACUUUGGCGAGUGCUUGAACGAAGUGAUUUGAUUGUUAUGGUUGUUGAUGCUAGAGAUCCUCUGUUUUACCGUUGUCCUGAUCUUGAGGCAUAUGCACAAGAAAUUGAUGAGCAUAAAAAAACAAUGCUUCUGGUCAACAAGGCGGAUUUGUUACCUUCUUAUGUCAGGGAGAAAUGGGCGGAAUACUUCUCCCGCAACAAUAUUCUGUUUGUCUUCUGGUCAGCCAAAGCUGCUACGGCUACCCUAGAAGGUAAACCCCUGAAAGAACAGUGGAGAGCACCUGAUACCUCUCACAAGACAGAUAACCCAGCUGUUAAAGUAUAUGGAAGGGACGAGCUUUUGGCUCGAUUAAAACUUGAGGCUCUAGAGAUAGUAAAAAUGAGGAAAUCUAGAGGAGUUUCCGCAACUUCUGCUGAAUCACACCGCGAACAAGUUGUGGUUGGCUUUGUUGGGUACCCGAAUGUGGGAAAGAGUUCGACAAUCAACGCAUUGGUAGGUCAGAAGCGAACAGGUGUCACAUCUACCCCCGGGAAAACGAAGCAUUUCCAGACAUUGAUAAUCUCUGAGGAUUUAAUGCUCUGCGAUUGCCCUGGUUUAGUCUUCCCUUCAUUCUCAAGCUCAAGAUAUGAAAUGAUUGCUUCUGGAGUUCUUCCAAUAGACCGGAUGACCGAGCACCGCGAAGCUAUUAAGGUUGUGGCUGAACGUGUUCCUCGGCAUGCCAUUGAGGAUGUGUACAACAUCUCUCUACCUAAACCCAAAAGCUAUGAGCCUCAGUCACGCCCACCACUUGCAUCAGAGCUUCUAAGAACUUACGGCCUUUCUCGUGGCUAUGUUGCCUCUAGUGGACUACCUGAUGAGACAAGAGCAGCUAGGCAGAUUCUGAAAGACUACAUUGAAGGUAAGCUUCCACAUUUUGCAAUGCCUCCAGAGAUAACCCGAGAUGAUGAAAACGAGACAGCGGAUGAUAAUAUGGGAGCCGAAACACGAGAAGGUUCACAGCCUGAGGAGGAAGGCAAAGAAGCUACUGGCCUUGGUCUUGGUCUUGAUCAAGUUCUAGAUGAUCUGAGCUCGUUUGAUCUUGCAAAUGGAAUUGGGUCUAACAAAAAGAAACAGCACAAGAACUUGAUGCUAGUAGUCAAUGUAUUGAUGAAGAGUACUUUGAAGCAGACAACGCCGAGGAUUGGAACAGCUCAGAAGUGGUGGGAGAAAGGUCUGAAAGAAAACAUGAGAGAGAUCUCUUCAGCUCAAGAACUCGUUGACUCUCUGACCAACGCGGGUGAUAAGCUUGUUGUUGAUGAUUUCUUCUCACCUGGCUGUGGCGGCUGCAAGGCUCUCCAUCCUAAGAUAUGUCAGUUGGCAAAGAUGAUCCAUGGUGUGCAGUUUCGUCAGGUGAAUUACGAGGAACAUAAGUCGAUGUGUUAUAGCCUGGUGUUCAUGUUCUCCCGUUUUCCCAAUUCUACCGAGGCGCUAUGGGUCGUGAUUGCAGCUUUAGCUAUACCAAUGCCACGAUCAAGAAAUUCAGAGAUGCAUUGGCAAAGCAGAUGAGUGUAGGGUUUGAGAUGAUUUUAUUUUAAAGUUUUCUGAAUCUUAUGCUUGCCUAAUUUGUUUUCUCUUAUUAAAAAGAUCAUAUUUUG